AUGAAGCUGCUGGGCACGCACGUGUACCCCAAGAACAAGUACCUCACGCUGCAGAUGACCAGAUCCGCCAAGGGCGUCGCCUGCGAGGACGUCUUCGAGAGCAUGAUUGUGUUUUCCGAAGCCUGGUGGGUCGGGACCAAGGAGGAGAACCCCGACGAGCUCAAACUCGAGUUUCCGAAAGAGAUGCAGAAUGCUGCGGAAGAUGUUGAUUUUAAAGGCGGGGCAGGUGCUGCCAGUGGCGAGGUAGUUACAGUAAAUAAACCCAGAAAGCAGGCCGCUGUGCCCCGCACAGCAGAGCCCCGCACACCAGAGCCCCACACACCAGAGUAUGAAUCCGAUGCCGAUUCAGAGGAUUCAGAUGUUAAGGAUGAGAUUGGCACGCAGACUACGAGUGAUACACCUGUUAGGAAAUCUGCCAGAACUGCUGGGAAGACCUUCAAGUUCGCAGAGCUCGCUGGAGGAGAUUCGGCUGAAAGUGACACUGAGAUUGAGUUUGCUGAGGACUUGGAUGAGAAGCUACAUUCGCGGCAGAUGAAGACUGAAGAAAUUAAGGAAGAAAUCCCAGGUGAAGACAUUAAGGAGGAAAUCCCAAGUGAAGACAUUAAACCUGAACAUUCUCCAGCAGAGUCUCUUUCUAUCAAGAAGCAACCACUUGUUCAGGCUAAUUUGUCUACCAUGUUUAAAAAAGCAGAAGAAAAAAAGAGACCUACAACUACAAGAAGUCCUAAAGGAUCUCCAGCUACAAAAGGUCCUGCUGCUAAGAAGCCGCGAGCAACUCCAACGAAAAAACAGUCACCAGCGAAGAAGGAAGCAAGUGGAUCUCAGAAAAAGCAAAAAGCAAAGUAG